AUGGCGCACACUAUCCGUUGGGGCAUCAUGGCCACUGGUUGGAUUGCCGACAUGUUUGUACGCGAUCUCCUCAUUGACCCCAAGACUCGCGAUGCCUCCGACAUCGCUCACAAGGUGGUCGCCGUUGCCUCGUCCUCCGCCAAGGACCGCGCCGACCAAUUCAUCUCAGCCGCCGGCAUCCCCAGUCCCUGUGCUGCAUAUGGGUCCUACGAGGCUCUCGUGGCGGACCCGAAUGUCGACGUCGUCUACGUUGCCACCCCACACUCCCACCACUACCAGAACGUGAGGCUGGCACUGGAAGCGAGCAAGCAUGUCCUAUGUGAGAAGGCAUUUACGGUCAAUGCAGCGCAGGCCAAAAUCCUGUGUGAGAUUGCCCAGCAGAAGAACCUCUUUCUCAUGGAGGCCGUCUGGACGCGGUACUUCCCGCUGAGUGUCCAGGUGCGCCAGCUCAUUCAGAAAGGUGAGAUUGGCGAGGUGCUCCGCGUCAUCUCGGACACCAGCUUCGGCGAUGAUGUCGAGGAGAAAUGGGGUACAACGCACCGCAUGGUGAACCCAGAUCUGGCGGGUGGCAGUCUUUUGGACUUGGGCAUAUAUUCCCUCACCUGGGUCUUCCAGACGCUCUAUCACACCCUGCCCCGAGAACAGAGGAAGCCUCCCACUGUGACCUCGCAAAUCACCCCUUACCAUUUGACUGACGCCGACGAGGCUACCACCAUGCUUCUGAGCUUCCCAACCAGCACGCCCUCGAACGGCGCGCACCCACACAUCUCCCAGGGUGUGGCCAUGACUAGCAUCCGGGUCUCGACCGACCCGGAUGAGAAGGGCACCUCUGGUCCUCCGAUCCGCAUUCAGGGCACCAAGGGUGAAAUCCAGGUUUUUGGACGAGCAUUCCGCCCGACCUCGUAUCGCAUCAUCCCCAAGAAGGGCGGCGGCGAGGUCCGGGAUGUCGAGUGUUCGUUCCCCGGUGACGGCCACGGGAUGUACUGGGAGGCGGAUGAGGUUGCACGUUGCCUGCGGGACCAAAAGCGGGAGAGUGAGGGGUUGCCAUGGGAAGAGAGCAUUGUGAUUAUGGAGGUGAUGGAUGAGGUGCGCAGACAGGGAGGCAUGACUUAUCCUCAGAAGAUCGAGUCGACCGAAUAUCCGCUGCAUCUGUGA